AAUGGAGGAACAUUAAUUAGUGAUUGAAUAAUUGGAAAGCAUGAAGAAUUUGAAGCAUUUGUUUCAUAAAAUGAAGAACGGAAACAUUCGCAUAGUUGAUGGUCUUUCAAUUGUGAUUUAUAAAUUGAUUAGACAAUUCAGAACAUCUAGUUCAGAAUAUUUAGUGCUUCUUUAAGAAUUGUUUUAUUUAUCAAUAGAUAUGUAAUUAAUUCACACUAGUGAUGUAUAUAAUAAUUCAAUAAAAUAGUAAGUACUCAAAGUUUUACUUAAAAAAUUCCCAACAUCUGAAAAGGUUUAGAGAUUGAAAGGAUAUUUAUUAGAAGCAAAUGGAUAAGAUGAUGAGGCUUUAGUAGUAUAUGAAAAGAUGUUAACUGAAAAUUUGAUGGAUUAGAAUACAAGAAAAAGGAAGAUAGCAUUGUUAAGAGUAAAUAAAAUAUAGUAUGUUAAAGAGAUAAAAUAAUGUAGAUUAAGCAAUAGGUUAAUUAAAUAGCUUUCUUACAUCAUUUCCUAACGAUGCUGAAGCUUGGCUUGAAUUAUCAGAUAUAUAUUUAGAGCAUUUGAAUUACUCAAAGGCUUAAUUUUGUUUGGAAGAAGUGCUAUUACUUAAUACUUAAGAUCUUCAUUUAGCAGUAAAAUUGGCAGAAGUAUAAAUUAUGAUUUUAAUUGAAAGAUUAACUAUUGUAAUUAGAAUUACACUUAAGCUAAAAAUUAUUAUUGUUUUGUUUUAUCUAAAAACCCAAAUGAGACAAGAUGUUUAUGGGGUUUAUUAUAAACUCUAAGAAAAAAGAAGAGAGAAGGAAAUGAUAAAGAAUUGGGAACAAUUGUAAUAUAGGCAUUAGAAAAGAUCUAUAAAAAAUAGGCAAUCAAAUAUCCAUUUGAAAAAGUAAACAAUGAAAUACAAUAGUGAGA